AUGGUCGGUGGGAAUCCGGUGACGAGUCAGAGGCGUGGUGCCUCACCCAUCUCGGAUACAGUAGUGACGGUCAACUCGGACAACCGCAUAAACCUCAAGAGCAUCGACCUCAAUGCGGGCCAAUACCUUCCUUUGACCAUCGAGCAGGCCUGGUCGUUCCUCACCUCUGAGUACUUCAGAGGUGAACAUAACAUUCAGGCUCAGCCUUGGAUCGCCCUAUCAAUAACAGAUUCCAAACGCAACUACACAACCCCCUGGAACUUCAAGCCAAGCGAGACUACCCCACCGCCGCCCAUAUCAUCCUGCCAGUUGCAGCUGUUUUUUGCAAUGAGGCCGCUAAGUAUUGAUGAUCCUGAUCCUGAUGCGGCUCCGUGGGGUUGCCCUAACCCUGAAGGUCCUGCCUCGCUUUACUAUGUUGGUACAUACCAGCAGGUCGCAAACCACCGGAAAGAAAUUGGAGAUAAGACUAUAUACUUGGUGAACGCGGGGUGGAUCGAUUACAGUGGUGUGUACUCCUCCAAUUCGGAUCCUACUGUUGAGGGUCGCCAGAAAGUGGCAGGUUACUUUGAGAGCUGGCCUGAAGAAUGGUGGUGGCUAAGCCUGCCUUGGCAGCCCGAGCUAAUGCAUAGAAGCUUCAAACUUGCCUAA